CCCGCCUCCGCUUCCAAGCUGUCUGAACGGGUUCUUGUGCUCAACGGCUGUACAAUGUCCCGGCCACGGUGACCAUGGAUGAAUCUCAAUAUUUUCCAACCGGAGGCAUCCGAGGAUGUAGUUAUUAGCUGUCAGUGCCACAUCUUGGUAUAAAACGCCUCAUCUUGGCGCUGCUCCAUUCGGGCUUGCUCUCAUCCAUCAUCAUGGCUCAGCCUCCACGUUUAUCGAGGAUACCUACCCCAAUCUCUCAUUUCCUCGGCUAUCGUCCUUCGCCGCCAGGGAAAGUCCCAGACUACCUCGUCUGGUUUUGGUCAUUCAUCGGUGCUUUUUGUGGGAUUGCCCUCCUCCAAGCUGUAUUCAGUCAAGCCCAUUACUUCACCGAACGGGGCGUUCCUUCUAUCAUUGCGAGUUAUGGAGCUUCAGCUGUCUUGAUCUACGGUGCUAUAGAGGCACCGCUAGCUCAACCUCGAGCACUCCUCGGAGGUCACUUCGUAGGGGCUCUUUUAGGCGUUUGCAUAACCAAGUUGUUCCGCCUUCUUCCAACUGAAGAACGCUAUCUCGAACUCGAAUGGCUAGCUGGUUCAUUAUGCUGCGCAGUCGCAAUCGUAGCCAUGCAGAUCACGUCAACCACGCAUCCACCUGCAGGUGCUACGGCCCUUUUGGCCGCAACCAACAAGGAGAUCCGUGACAUGGGCUGGUACUAUUUGCCAGUUGUCCUUCUGAGCUCAACUCUCGCCUUGGUCGUCGCUUUGUUGAUUAACAACAUUCAGCGGCGAUACCCUACCUUCUGGUUCGAGCCUGCAACUGCACCUCAACCAGUCAAACCACCACCGCCUCCUAACAACAAUUCAGAGAAAAGUUCGCCAAACACUUCUGGUACUGUCACCCCGGCUGAAGCCGAAGUUUGAAAGUGAUCCAGGAUUUCCUGGGUUUCUUUUUUUCUUCUUUUUCUUACGAUUAACUGUUUACGUGACGUUGAUCACCCACGAUACCGCCGAAUUAUCUGUAUGCAUAUUAAUGAUAGAGUUCGAAUGAUGAAUGUACCUGAUUUAUGGUCCGUUUCCUGCGCAC